AUGCCGCCCUUUUCUGCUCUCUUGCUGAAUAAUCUGGUUAGCGGAAACUGGGUCGGAGAAAUACCCUACGAGAAAGCCGACUCCGUGAUUCCGGAGGAGUUGCAUUCUAGCGCCCUGAAGCCCAAAAUGACAUAUUCAUCCCAUGGCGACUCCAGCCUGAGCACAACUCCAGCCUCCCCUUCACUAAUUCCACUUCAGCCUAGCAACAAAACAGUCUCGUUGUCAAAAUCUGACAUAAUUUGGUCCCAGCCCCUCUUAACAGCCUCUCUCACAGCCGCUGAUGAGCCUUUGUCCAUUUAUGCUAAUAAUAGCAUAAUUGUCAACCGGAAAUCUCGGAAGCAACCAUCCAACUCGGGCUACUUGAUUCUCGAAAGCGCCAAAUCGUCAGCCCUUCUGCCUCGAGAUACUCAGACUGAUUAUCCGAUGUCUUCACCGAUGAUCCCAACGGUAGUUGUGACAGCUCUUCGACGACCUACAAUGUCGUCAUCACCGUCUAGGCAGAAUAGGAUGGGCAGUCGAAUGGCCGUCUGGCUUGCUAGGCAGUUGCUGUUGAAUCACAACACAAUACGCUUUAUGGUUGGCAGUGGUUUGGUGCCUAGGCAACCAGCCUCCAUCGAGCCUUUGAAACUGUUGGUAAGCGAUCGGUUAUGCAAUUAA